UCUCCUCCCUGUUUCUGUCUGUCCCGCUCGCCUCAGCAGAGGACGACACGCAAUGGAACAGAGCUCAUGCCGGCUGGUGGUCGAGUCAGAGUGAACCGGGACUUCUUCAAAAAAACGGCGCAUGCUGCGGCACAGCAAAUGCCCUUUGUGCACCCGUUUGAUAGUCUGAUCUGAUUUCUCUGGAGACCUCUUGUUUGUCUGCGCGCCGGGCGUGAAAAGGAACACACGCACACAAAUACAAAAGUCCCUGGAAUAAAUUGAAGCUGUGCGGGACACACUUUGCGCGUCAAGAUGCUCGGGAUAACGCGGCGUCCCCCUCUGACAGCCGUGCCAUUUGCUGUGCUGUUGGCGUGCGUGAUGUCCUUCAACGUCGACCAGAAGAACAGUUUGUCAUUCAGCGGCCCACUGGAGGACAUGUUCGGCUACACUGUCCAGCAGUUUGAGAACAGCGAGGGAAAAUGGGUUCUUAUUGGAUCCCCGCUGUCGGGCCAGCCUGCGAAACGAACGGGAGAUGUCUACAAAUGUCCUGUGGGGAAGGAGGACAACAAAUGUAUCAAACUGGACCUGCCUGAAAACACAACUGUUCCCAACUUACAUGAAGUCAAGGAGAACAUGACCAUGGGAACCACAUUGGUGACCAAUCCCAACGGAGGAUUUCUGGCGUGUGGUCCUCAGUACGGCUACAUGUGCGGCCAGCAGCAGUACAUCUCGGGAGUUUGUGCCAACGUCAGCUCCUCCUUCCAGAUCCUCAACUCUGUGGCACCGGCCGUGCAAGAGUGUGCGAAGGAGCUGGACAUUGUGAUGGUUCUGGAUGGAUCCAACAGUAUCUACCCCUGGACCAGCAUCAUUGAUUUUCUGCAGCGCUUCAUCGAGAAAAUAGAAAUUGGGCCCAAACUCUCACAGGUAGGAAUCGUGUCCUACGGUGAGACUGUGACUCACCGUGUCAACCUGAGCCAGUUUGACAACACUGCUGAUCUGCUGGAAUUUGUCAAAGAGCUUCCUCAGCAGACCGGCUUCAAGACCAUGACCGCCCUCGGCAUUGAUACUGCAAGGAAAGAGGCCUUCAUGCCAGAGCGCGGUGCUCGACCUGGGGUGAAGAAAGUCAUGGUGAUUGUCACUGACGGAGAAUCGCAUGACUUCCAUAAUCUGGACAAGGUCAUCGGAGAGUGCGACGACGACGGCAUCGAGAGGUUUGGCAUCGCUGUAUUGGGAGACUACAAUCGUCAGAACAAAAGUGCAGAAGAACUGCAGAAGUUCAUCAAGGAGAUUGAGUCCAUCUCAAGCCAGCCGCUGAGAGACCACUUCUUCAACGUGUCCGACGAGGUGGCGCUGUUGACCAUCGUUGAUGCUCUGGGAAGGAAGAUUUUUGCUCUGGAAGCCACCACCGGCAAUUUCACCUCCUCCUUUGAGAUGGAGAUGUCCCAAGCUGGGUUUAGUGCACACACCUCCAGCGAAGGUGUGUUGCUGGGAGCGGUGGGGGCGUACGACUGGAACGGGACGGUGGUAAUGUACACGGCAGGAGAAACGAUCGUCCCGGGGAAGACCCAGUUUUACGACCCGGAGACUGAGGCCGGAUACGAGGGACUGGCUGGGUACCUUGGCUAUGACGUCCAGUCAGCAUCCACCCCCGACGGAGUGCUGUACAUCACGGGCGCACCGCGGUACAACCACACCGGCCGGGUUAUCAUCUAUCGUCUGAAUGAGGAGAACAACAUUGUCGUCUCACAGAUACUAAAAGGAGAACAGCUUGGUUCCUACUUUGGCAGCGUCCUGCAGACGGUCGAUGUGGAUGGAGACUCCUACACAGAUCUCCUCCUGGUCGGAGCUCCAAUGUACAUGGGCUCAGAAAGAGACGAGCAGGGACAAGUCUACGUUUAUAAAAUCAACCAGCUCGGCAAGUUUAAGCACGAGUUCACUUUGAAGCCUGUCAAUCAGUCCUGCUGCACUGCCCACUCAGCCAGCUGCACCAAUAAAAAUGAGCCAUGCGGCGCCCGCUUUGGUACCGCCAUCGCCGCAGUGUCGGAUCUCAACCUGGACGGAUUCAAUGACGUGGCGAUCGGUGCGCCGUUCGAGAACGACCACCGGGGAGCCGUCUACAUCUAUCACGGAGAUCAGACGUCGCUGAAAGAGAAGUUUGUGCAGCGGAUCCCUGCAGGUGGGGACGGAGAAAAGGUGAAGUUCUUCGGUCAGUCCAUACACGGAGUCAUGGAUCUCAACGGAGACGGAAUCACUGAUGUUACCAUAGGAGGUCUGGGAGGGGCUUCACUCUUCUGGUCCAGAGAUGUUGCAGAACUCCGCGCCAACAUGACCUUUGACCCCGUUAAGAUAAACCUGCAGCAGUCUCAGUACCAGUGUGAACACAGCGGACGCAAAUCCAUGUGUGUCACGACGGAGGUGUGUUUCGUCUACAGUGUCAAAUCGGACAAGCCGAAGUUCGACUCGGAUGCAGGGAUCCGCUACGAUCUGACUCUGGAUGCUCUGCGUGCCAAAGCCAGGGCGUCGUUUAUCAACUCGGAUGAUAAAAACGACCGCAGGAUCACCAGGAGCUUCACCAUCAAAGACCGAGAGAGGAAGUGUGUCCAAGAGACCUUCAUGAUGUCGGCGCGGCUGGAUUUCCGAGACCCGCUCAUGGUGUCUCUGGAGUUCGGACUCACCGAUGAAGACCGAGGCCCCGUCCUGGACGAGAGCCUUCCCAGAUCCAUCAAUAAGACAAUUCCCUUAGUGGACUGUGGGAUCGAUGGGAAGUGCAUUGCGGACCUCUCACUCAAAGCGGAGCCCAGUAUGAAAAGCAUGAUGAUCAAAUCGAACAAGGACAAGUUUGACGUGAACAUCAACAUCAGAAACAGCAAAGACUACGCGUACAACACCAAAGUGAUCCUCAGCUUCACACCCAACAUCAACUAUGUGAAAGUAGAGCCGGAGAAGGGAUGCACUCUGAAUCAUACGAAAGUGGAGUGCGCGGUUGGAUACCCGUUCCUGGGGAGCAAUGUCGAGGAAAAUUUCAAAGUGAAAUUUGAGGUGAAUCCCAAACAUAUCCAGGAAGUGAUUCAGAUCAAUGUGACAGCUACGAGUGACAGUGAAGAACUGGCCUCUACCCUGAGUGACAACACGGUGCAAAUCUCCAUUCCCGUGAAGUAUGAAGCGGGACUCAUAUUCUCAGUGCGACCUGUGGAUGAACACAUUGUGGUGAAAGAGGGGGAACAGUUUGCCAGCGUAUUCAAUGACACCAGGAUGAUCGGAGAGGAGGUCAACAUCAGCUACACGGUGGCGAGGGCAGGUGAAGUGGUGACCCCGCCCCUGGACCUUACAGUGACGUACCCUCACCUGUCUCCUCGGCAGAACCAUUUACUGUACCUCACACAUGUCACCACCAGCCCGCGGGUGAAAUGUGAUGCAGAUCGCUGGAUUAACACUGAUAAAAUUAACCCCAACAUCAAAAAGCCCAAUCCAAACAAAGAAACACUCAGCGUCUUCCUAUUGACCUGUUCUGCGGAGCUGUACUGUGCAUCAUUCACCUGCUCCAUCCCUGAGGCUGAGAUCAGUCAGGUCAAUGUUACGUUCAGAGUGUGGAAACCUACAUUCAUCAAGGGCGAGUUUUCCUCUCUGCACAUGUUGGUGAAUGGCACUCUGGGAAUCAAAAACACAAACCUGUUUGAGUUGAGCAGCGGUGACAGGACCCGAAUUGUGAAGAUCCAGGUUUCGAAGGAGGCUUUAGGAGGAAUCCCUAUUUGGGUCAUCAUAAUCAGCAUCCUGAUUGGACUGCUGAUCUUAGCACUCGUCAUCUUUGCUCUUUGGAAGAUGGGCUUCUUCAAGAGAAAAUCCAGGGACUACACCAAAGAGGAAAUGAUGGACUGAAUUAUCCGGACAACAAGCAGCUCUGUGAGCAACUGCUUCCAGAACCAACAGGUCGCACAAGGUGACGGACAGAGGAGGUGCUAAGACCCACACGAGACUCCGUGCUGCGACACAGUUACUACCUGGGAAACACCAGUACUGUUCACCGUUUCCUAUGCAGGGUUUAGUAAUGUUUGCAAAUACUUCCACACUCUUGUUCAUUAACGCUUUAGGCACUUGGUUACAACAUUGGGGCAAUUCAGAUGGUCAAAGAUUUUUUUUUUAAGUUGUUAUGUUAAAAACUCCAUCUAUCUGAGUGUCCAUGAAAAACAAUUGCUAAGAAGUAUUUGCAAACAUUGGUCAGCUUCUGUCUUACAGAUUUCAACGUAAGAUCAGGUUAGGCAGUUGAAGAGGAGGAGCCAGAGAGGAGGAGGACGACGGGGUCACUUUCCAGGCACCUUGUGGCAAAGCAGCGAAUAUCAGGGUUGCAGUAUUACAAAACCUUCAGAGCUCAAAUAGCUGCGCUCCGGCUUUAGAGGAAAAGAAAAGUUCUCAGGUUUUUCAGCGUGGAGAUCCAAAGUCGCCAAAGUCACCUCACUUACUUUCUACAUCAUUGCAGCAACAACGUCCAGUGGUCUAUUUGCGUCGGAGACUAUGUGUGAACUUUUUAUGUGUUGGGGCAGUCGUCUAAUGGCUUAGACUCCUGAGAUACAUCUUGUGUGCUUGAUUCAUUUUACAAAACACUGUACCUUUGAGUGUUUCAUAGCUUUUUGUGUGACAAUUUUUGUUGUUGCUUUCUAGCAAUAUAUAACAUGGCACAUUCUUGAUCCUGAAAUUCCAAAACUCCCGUCCCAUCUCUGAUGUUAAUGUUUGUAAUUAGCUUCAACUUGGUCACAGAGGGAUGUAAGUUACGCCUUCAAAAUACAAAACAUUUGAUUUUACUGUAAAUAUAGCAAAGUGCUCCAAAAAUGUAAAGCUUAAAAUGUACAUAAUUGUGUUGGGCUUUAAUUUGUGUAAUUUAAGAGAUGUUAUCCACAAGCAUUUUUUUUAUGCAGGUGUGUUAUCAGUGGUCACAGAACAUGAUUCUGCUCAGGUGCUACAGGUAUCAUGAAUGAUGACAUUAACAUUUGACAUAUAGGAAAAUCAUCUGGCCUAUAUCUCACAAUUUCAAGCUGAUGCAAAUAUGUAAAUAUUGUUCUAUUUUGAUAAGUAAAUGAAAGUAUAAUUAUUCUGUACUGAAACUAAACAUGAAGAUGAGGGUUUGUAUCCACUACUUUGGCUUUAAGUCUGUUGAAUGACUGUGUUUUUGAAUGCAGAGGCUUUAACAUUUUUGAGAUGAGACACGACUGUAGCAUACUUUCAUUCCAACUCUUUCAUUUGCAAAAUAGAGGGUAGUAUUCCUCCAUUAUAGAAAUAUACAUGUAUGUGUAACUAUUCACCAGCAGGUUUCUAUGUAGUAAACGAGAUUCACUGGUUAAUGGUUUGUAUUGUAGACAAGCUACGACAUGUCCAAUAAGCAUGAGCAUACUGUUGGCUCAUUGUCAUCCCAUAUGCAGAGUACCUUACAAAGUAGUUAAUUUGGGUUUUCUGUCUUUGUUUUUAUUUCCAGAAGUUGCACAGCUACACAAUAUGUCAAAAGAGAUUAUAUUGCAUGUGGAGGAGACUUGAGAUUCGGCCUUUAAAAAAAAAAGAAGCUUUUUUCCUCACUGUCAACCAAUAAAGCUGAGGGAAGAUGGCAAGUUCUGAAUAUUUAAAAUUCCCCUCAGUGCUCACUCCCCCCUGUUGACAUGAAGCACAUGUAAUGAUGUAUGUACAGAAUGUGUAACUGUCAUUCUUUAGAUUGUACGGCUACGUCAGGCUGUUGCACGAGGGUGGAGUCACGAGUCUCUCCUUGCCCGCUUGCGUAGAAAGAAGACAUCGGAGAGUUGUUUCGUCAGAUCUUACCCUCUGGUAUCUCCUGAGAAAGACUCAAAAUGGGAGUGAGGCACAAAGCGAGAGCUGUGAGCACCAUCCCAGCCUUCUACACUGCUGUGAAGUCUUCAUUGUAAUGCACUGGUUUGUCAGACUGUAUGUGUCCUCAUCAGCACACAAAUGAAAUGAAUCUUAUGUACAAAAAUAAAGACUUUUUAUGACAAAA